CACAAUAACACAACAGAUUUGUGUUGUCCCCUUUCCCAUCCAGACACUGAGUAGACCUCAAGAAGAUGGCUGCAACUCUGGCUCUGCUUUUUCUCAGCCAAGCACUUUUAUACACAACUGUAACAUCUGCAAGUGUCUGUGGCCGGCCACGUGUCGCUGAGGGGAUCGAUGUCACCGUGAUGAAGCGUGUGUUUGAAGCUGGAGAGGAGGUGACCCUCAAAUGCGAGCAGGGUUACCUGCCUUCAUCUAUGGGAACCGCCAGAAUAAGAUGCACUUCAACUGGGCAGUGGACGGAGUCGAACCUGGCGUGUUCUCCCAAGAUGUGCCCCAUUCCUGAACAACUCCAGCCCUUUGCAAAGGGAAGGACAGAGGCCCCCUUCAGGAGUGUGCUCAACUUCUCAUGUGAUGACGGAUACGUCUUAAUAGGAGCCAAUGGAAGCAGCUGUUUGCACGAUAGCAGCUGGAGUCAUCCUCCACCCAUCUGCAAAGCUGUGAACUGCCCUCUGCCGAAUCCUCCCAGAGAUGGUCGAGUAGUUCACGGCAGGCCAGUCACAGGAACGAAGACCAUGUAUGGACAGGAAUGGACGUACGAGUGUAAUCCCCCAAAAGCACCAAGUCACGAGAAGGGAUUCUGUAAUGCUGAUGGAACUACGACUGAACCACCUGUUUGUCGAGAGGUGAGCUGCUCCAUCCCAACUAAUAUACCAAACGGCUUUAUCACAUUUGCUGUAAUGAGGCCACACGCCUACAAGGAGAAGGUUAAGUACGCCUGUAAUGAGCACUACAAACUAGAGGGCCAGGCUGAGAUACAGUGCCAAAACACAGGAAACUGGUCGUCGAAGCCCAUCUGCAGAGCUCCCUGCACAGUUGGCAUAAAAAGGGGUCGUAUCUUCUACAAUGCCAGAAAAAUCUGGAUUGAGGACCUGAAACCAAACAGGGUUUUGCAUGGAGAAAUUGUCGUCUUUUAUUGUCUGAACAGAGACGAGAAGUGCGGCUAUCCUGUGUCCAGCACCUGCAAUGAUGGAACCCUCCCAAUCCCUGAAUGCUUUGAAGAACCUGGAAAAGUAGAGUAUAACUUGAAGUCUAAAUCCCUACCGUCAGAAAUCCGAAUGUGUGCUGCCUCGCCGUCUGAAAGAGCGACAAGACCAGCAUGAGCUCACAGAGAAACAUGUGGUGUGCCAAGAAGAUGUAUUUCUUUCAUUUACAGUGACAAUAUAGAAGAAUUGGUUGUGAUCCAAUAAUCAAAAGGUAUUAAAUAAAGUGCUAAAGCUGUAUUCAAAAUGAAAACUAAGAACUAUUAAAAUAAUAGUGAGUUGACUGCAGAAAUGUGACCUAGAAGGUUGCUUUGGCUUCACGUUUGUGGACUGUGUUGAUCUGUAUGUUGACCAUCUGAUGUGACACUAAAACAAACAUAUUGUAUUCACAAUUAAUAAAGAACCCUGAGGUUUUGGGUGUUUCUGAUCUAUGAAUUCAGAAACUUUCCCAAAAGCAAAAAUAGA